AUGACCGCUUUCUGUACCAUUCCUAGAAAUUUUUGUCCCGGACAGCAUCUGGCUUUCCUGUUAACUCAUCGUAAGUGCCUGGUCUGCGCGAAGAUGGCGUUUAUCUUUAGCAUCUUCCAUUUCGCCUCCGUCCAACCAAGUGCGACUGCGUCGACACCUCGAUGCAAUUUGGAGCGCAUUCGUGCGGCGGUUGCUCCUGCAGCAGCAGCGAUGAUGCUAUCUGCUGCAAUGCUGUCACCUGCACAUGUCUCUGCGCAGGAUGCGCCUCUGAUUUUUGACCAUGACCAAAGCCUAAGUGGCGCAGACUUUUCAAACCGAAAAGACUUGCGCGCGUCCAUAUUUUCAAAGUCGAAUUGCAAGCAAGCUAAUUUCGCCGGGGCGGACCUCACCAAUGCUCAACUAGACGACGCAAAUUUUAUUGGGGCAAAUUUCGAGGAUGCCACAGUCGUAAAUGCUAUGGCCACCAACGCGAAGUUUCAGAAUUCUAACCUCAGAAAUGCAGACUUUACAAAUGCCAACCUAGUGAGCGCCUCGUUUGAAGGUGCCGAUAUAGAGGGGGCUGACUUUUCGGAUAGCCUCCUCGGGAAAGCUACAACUUUAAAGCUUUGCAAGAAGGCCACCGGGGUGAAUUCGAAAACCGGCGUACCAACUGCCGAGUCUUUAAUGUGUCCAGAAUAA